UGAACACGUUGGACCAGUGAUGAGUCCCAGAGGGUGGGUCCCGUCGUUGUGAAAGAAAGCAAUGUUCACCUCUUCCUCUGUGCAGCAGGGGCGUCGCCAGCAGUCCUCUCAGUCCUCUCAGUCCUCCUACUUCCACGGACCUGGAGAGAGAGUCGGGCAGACACAAAGCUCGAGCACAGCCGCGCACCUCACAGCCUGGGGAAAGUGGACGAUACUCCUGGUGGCGUGGCCCGGAAAUAAAACAGCUGGAAAUACUACCGAAACUAUUUUAACCAACAGAGUCUAACCAGGAUACUUCAGGAUCUCCUGCCACCAUGGGGGACGUGGUUUCCUCUCACCUGGAUGAGAACAGGCGGGAGAUAAUUACAGCUCGGACCAGAGAUGUGAUGAAACAGUUCAGCGAUGUCUACGAGCAGCAGUACGCCGUCGCGCUCUUCAACAGCGUCCGCUUUGAGAUUGAAGGAGGAGGAGGCGCCCAGUCGCAGCUGCUUCACAGAAAGGACGCUCUGGCGGGCCGCUCCAUCUUCUCCGGGAGUCUGUUUCAGUACCUGGAGGAGAAUCGAAAGUGGAGGAGUCGUUUUGUGUCCGUGCCCAACAGCUACACCAUCAGCCUCUAUGAGAGCAAAACAGCGCAUGAACGGGGACUUCACCCUAAAGUGACCAUCAACUGUGCCGGGUACAAAGCCCUGGCCUCGAUGGAGGAGUAUAUGGAGCUGAUCAAUGGCAGUCUGCCAGGUGUCAAGGCCAAAGUGGGCAAUCAUCCUUUCAUCAAGUGCGCGACCCAGUUCCCGCUGAUCCUGUGGCACCCGUACGCCAGACACCACUACUUCUGUGUGACGACUGAGAGGGAGCAGAAGAAGUGGCACGCCGUGCUGCAGGACUGCGUCAGACACAGCAACAACGGUCUUCCGGAGGACUGCACCGUUCAGACACCGGCCUUCACUGACUCUGUGAGACUUUUCAGACAAGCCAAGGGAUACUACGGGACCUGGGAUAUGAUGUGCGGAGUACCAGCACAGAUUUUGGCUAAUCUGGUGAUGGAGACUCUUCACCCGGAGCUGAGGAAUGUGAUAGGUCCUCGUCUGAAGGGGAAGAUGCAGCAGAGGCAGAGGAACUGGAUGUUGAUCUCUGAUGCGGUAUACAGGCAGGUGUUGCCUCAAACCACCGGCCACUAUGAAGCGCUGGUGGAGGCCUGCGAGGCCCACAAAGCUUCUCUGGACUCCAGGCUGCGAACCGACAUGGACCAGAUCAUCUCAUCGAAGGAACAUAUCAGCAACAAGAUUAGAGCUCUAGUAUUGCCCAAAGCAGAGAAUCUCCUCCGGUGCAGCAUCCAGCCCUACAUCAGCUCCAUCCUGGAGGCCCUGAUGGAGCCCACGAGCCGAGGCUUCUCCGAGGUCAGAGACGUGUUUUUCAAGGAAUUGGUGGACAUCAGCAAGAACUCGAUUAACGGAGAGGGCAAGGAAAGAUUGGGAGAGCAACUGGAGAGGCUGUCCAUGCUCGCCUUCCAUCCAGUGAAGAUGCAGAGCUGUUACGAGAAGAUGGAGCAGCUCAACCUGGAGGGGCUGCAGCAGAGAUUUGAUGUUUCAAGCCCCUCUGUGUUCAUCAGCAGGGCUCAGAUCCUCAUGAGAGAGCAAAUGGACAAUGCGGUGUAUACAUUUGAACAACUGCUUCACCAGUCGUUAGAGGCUCAAGGGGAUGAUAACUUUUGCAAGGUCGUCCAGAAAUGCCAGGACCGGGUUCUCAAGAAAUAUGAUUAUGACAGCAGCACAGUGCGCAAGAAGUUUUUCAGAGAAGCUCUGCUUCAGAUCAUCAUUCCCUACAUGCUGCAGCAGCUCUCCCUGUCCUGUACGCCUGAGCUGCCUCGCUUCAAGGAGCUUAUCUUCGAGGAUUUGUCACGCUUUCUUCUGGUGGAAAACAUGUAUGAGGAGGUGGUGCUGCAGUCCGUCACCAAAGAAAUAAUGAUGGCUGUGAAGGAGGCGGCUGUGCAGAGGAGACACAACCUCUACAGGGACAGCAUCGUACUGACCAACAGCGACCCCAACUUACACCUGCUGGAGGAAACAUCCCCAGUUGACUGGGCUGCCAAGUUUGGGGCGGAUGAGCCAGAAGGCUCUUUCCCCAGUGAAGUUGAAGAACGGGGAGCUGCGAGAAGGCGCAAGCAGGUGGUGUCCAUGAUCCAGCUGGACGGGGUGCCUCUUCCUUACGAGUCCUGCCUGGAGGUCCCGGGGGUGGAGCUUAUUCCAGAAGAGGAGGGUGAGUUUUCUGAGUGUCAAGAUGAGGAAAGAGAGGAGGAACAGGAGGACCCCAAGUCUCCCGACAGCGUGGAUGCGAUCAGAGGCCUGAUUAAUCCGGUGGUAGAGGUGGAGUUGCCUGUUUCGGACGAGGAACCGAGUGAACCGGCUAACGGGACGGAGCCCACUGUUGGCCUCAUCACCGCGGAGGAUGGGUUGCUGGAGGAGGUGACACACGUAACCACCGUUGUGGAAGAUGCGGCGAAGAAAUCUCCACAGGAGAAAACGUCCCCCCAGUCUAUCCUGAAGGAGCUAGUUGGAAGCAAGAAGCAGGAAGGUGAGAAGGAGCAGGAGGAGGAAGCAGACAUCCAGGAGGCAGUUGAGGAGAUGGUGACAGUAGUAAAAGAAGAUGAGGGUGAACAGGUUGCCGAGGCCUCAGCCGAAGAACUACAGUGUGAAUCACCACCACUGGCUACAGACUCCGGCUCGCAAUAUGACAGCGGCUUCCAGUCGCCGAGCGGCGAGGCUCUGGAGGAUGCUGAGCCUCAGCCAAUCACAAAUGGUCUAAGUGGCGAGGACAAAAUCAUCAGCCCCACUGAGGUGGAAGUGGUUUUGGCAUAGUGAAACGGAGAGCAAGCGCUUUGAGAGUGGACAAAAUCAUGCAAAAUCAUGGAUAAUGACGGAAAACCCAGAGUGAACAUGAACUGUUUAAUAUCAUUGCACACACGUCUCCAACUCACCACGCUCUAGAUUUACCCUAGGGGUCUUCAGUGUUUGGUUCCCUCUAUGCAACGAGACUGUCGCCUCAUGUUUUCUUCAUUGAAAAUGGCAGUAAAUUCAGCAGAGCUGAUAAAGACAUAUCGCCCCCUUCAGGCCUGAAUCAAAUAUUUAUGGACUGAAGGCAAAGCGGGCUGUGCUCGCCUCUAGUUUCAGAGCACGUUGCUGGGUUUAGAGGUCUCCAACGGUCAUUCUGCACAACUCUGCUGCACUCUCUAACACAAAUAACUACUCAUCACAUGGCAUGUAUCAUGAGCUUGAUGAGCUGUUCUCCAUGUGCAUUUUACUCAGCAAUGACAAACCAUCGCUGCACGAAGCGAGCUGAUGACUUCAGAGCACGGCCACGCCAUCGUGUUCAGGUGGAAGGGCCUUUAGGCUCCACGCAAAUCUAAGUUAUUGGUGUUUUUUUGAUGUUUAAGGGUUUUUUAAUGUCCCAUUUUCAGCAUAUAAGGAAGUCCUCUCUUCUUCUGUAUAUCAUAUUCAUGAAAAAAACAAAGAAUGGAAUCACCACGCUUGGCGGUCGUUCAUUCAUCAGUUAUUAUUUUGUAUGGAAAUAAAUGACAAACAUAGCACAAAACUAUAUGCAUUUAAGUGCCAAACAUUGAGGCUUUCUAAGAAAUGCAUCAAAGAAUUAAUUCAGAUAGUUCAAAUUGUAAUUUUUUAAAUUUUUUCCACAAAUACGAGUAUAAAUAUUGAAAUUGGUCUGCAGAAAAAAGCAAGCAGAGCUUAAUUAGCUGUUGAACCUGGCUGAUUGAUGAUAAACUCCAUCUCUUUAAGAGUUAAAAAAUGUAAAAGAUUAAAGCUUGUCCUGAACACUAAAUUAGCAUAAACUGUGAUUAAAUAAUGUUGGCUAUUUCCAGUCAGCUUUUUUCCAAAAUUUAAGCAAACUGGGAAACAAACAGGAAACAUCCAGGUAGACCAACGUAAGAAGCCCAUGUUUCAAGAGAGAGUAGUCAAAGAGAGAUGGAAAAUGUUUUAACAAAAGUACAACUGAACUAAAGAAAGCCGUAUUUGGGCUUUGGGCGAUUACUGAAGUGGUAUUCAGAGGUGAGUCACAAACCUCUGAAUACCACCAUGUGGACGGAGAUGACGUCACAGCUUUUGUUUGGUUCUGGGAAAAUGAAUCAUGUGAAGAUGAAGAUGUCUGCAUGGGGGGGAAACAAGUAGGUUUCCAUCAUCAGUGAUUACAUCAGGCCUGCGCAGUCAUUAACUAUAGUACAUGUACACUGGGAUUAUAAACUCUAUUCAGUCCAUUAGAAAAAGUAGGUUUGGUGAUGUAUUUCACCUUUCAAGAUGGUAACACCUCCUACGUUGGUCUACCUGGAUGUUUCCUGUUUGUUUCCCAGUUUGCUUAAAUUUUGGAAAAAAGCUGACUGGAAAUAGCCAACAUUAUUUAAUCACAGUUUAUGCUAAUUUAGUG